AUGUCAUUUACCAUUGAUGGAUGGACGUCAAUUGCAGAUAGGAGUUACUACGGGGUCACUAUUCAUUAUAUAGACAACGAAUGGAAGUAUCGAUCUGUAUUCCUUGAUUUUAUACCAUCACGCGGUCGACAUACUGGGAAAGAUAUUGCAACGAUUUUCCACGAAUGUUUAUUGGAAUAUGACAUAAUUGAUAAAAUACAGGGUAUCACGGUCGACAACGCAACUGCAAAUACCAAAUUUAUGCAUGAAUUGGACAAACAGCUGCCACACUUUGAUUCAGACAGUCAACAUUUCCGGUGCUUUGCUCACAUUUUGAACCUUGGUGUACAAGAUUUAUUAAAGACCUUAGCAUUACACAGUGAAACUGACAAUAAGGGACAAGAACAGCAGUAUGAAGACAAUGAAGACGAAACUGAGGAAGAUGAAGAAUAUGCGCCAAAUAUUGCUGACUCACCUACAGCUAUAACAAAAUUACGCAGUAUUUCCAGUAAAAUAAAAAGAAGUGGGAUAUUGAAGAGGAAGUUUCAGUCUGCUUGUGAAGCAGCUGGCGUGCCAUCAAAUCUGAACCCCAUACUCGACUGUCCAACGAGAUGGACUUCCACACAUGAUAUGAUUGAAUUUGGUUUAAAAGUGAGAACUGGCAUUAACAUAUUGUGCACUUCUGUCACCGAAUUGAAUGAUUUUCAAAUCACAGAUAGUGAAUGGCAAAUACUCGAAAAAAUACAUAAGUUUCUAAUAAACUUUAAACUUCUAUCAACGAAACUUGGCGGAGAAAAAUAUGUUACAUUACCGCUAGUCAUUUUAUCAUUCAAUCUCUUGCUCGAUAAAAUUGAAUCCAUGGUAAAACAAUUAGAUGAGAAACCUAAUCGAUCCGAAGUGGAUGAAAGGCUCAUUCUGGGUUUUCAAGCAGCUCGAGACAAAAUGCUUAAACAUUAUAAAAAGAGCAACUGGAUUUAUUGUACCUCUUUAAUUUUAGACCCAAGGCAUAAAACUCAGACUUUUGACAUGACAUUAUGGGGGAAGCAAAUUAAAACAGAAAGCCUGCGCUAA